UGCUAGACUUUCUCCGAAAGGGGGCGCGAUGCCUGGAGGACCGUGAGUUCUGGUCCGCUCUGGUCGGUGUUGCUUUCUCUCCCCCAGUCGCGCGCCGUUUGCCUUUCUACUCUACGCGUCCGUUGGAGACGAUGAACGGCUGCGGGCGAACUUUACUGCUGGCUUUACCUCGACUUUGGCGUCGGCCCUUUUCAGGGACUGCUUGGGGUAGUGGACCGCUGCCGUGGCACACCGCAGCCGCCGGACUCUCCCCCACUUACCCGAGCAGGGGGGAACCCGUCAGGCGCUGGGGAGCGGCGGUGAAAGCGCCACAUGAGCCGCCGGAGGAGGAGGAAGAGUUUGUCUUCCCCGAGUACCUCCCUGAGGAGUUGCUGCUGGUGCCAAAGGAGGAAAACCAUCAACAGCGAGGGGCUGAGGGGAAGUCUGAGCCGGAACUGGCUGGGAGCGACCCGCGGCGGCGGCAGCAGCAGCAGCCUCAAGAACGACGCGCAAAACCACCCCGGGAGGGCCACAGGGUCUGGGGGCGGCCGGACCCUUCGGUGCCCCCGAGCGGAGUGAACUGUUCGGGCUGCGGCGCGGAGCUGCAGUGCCGGGAUCCUGUUGUGCCCGGCUACUUGCCCAGUGAGAAAUACGUGGGCCUGGUGGGAUCUAAAGAACUGCUGGAGGAGGAGGAGACGAAGAAGGAGAGAGUUGUGGAGGCCAAAGAAGGUCUGAAGGAGGCAACUCCUCAGCAGAAGGCGCUGGAGGGCACCAUGUGCCAGCGUUGCUGGCUCAUGGUGCAUCAUCAAAAGGCCCUGCAGGUGCAAAUGUCCCGGGAGGAAUACCGCAACGUGGUGAGCGCAGCCUUGCGCAGCCCUCCUCGUCAUGGCCGCCCACCCCUGGUGCUCUGCAUGGUGGAUUUGCUGGACUUGCCGGAGUCGGUCCUGCCCGACUUACCCGAGCUGGUGGGGAGCCAGGCCCACAUAUUUGUACUGGGUAACAAGGUGGACCUGCUGCCUAGAGACUCGCCCAGCUACCUGAAGCGCCUCCGAGAACGCCUGCUGGAGACCUGCGCUAGUGCUGGCCUCAUGGAUUUGAGGCAGCCUAGUGGGGCCCAGAAUAAGCCUGUGAUUGAUGUACACCUCAUCAGUGCCAAAACGGGUUACGGAGUAGAAGAGCUGAUCUCCAAGUUACAGCGCUCCUGGAAAUUCAACGGGGAUGUGUACCUCGUGGGAGCCACCAACACAGGAAAAUCUACUCUCUUCAAUACCCUCCUGCAUUCAGACUACUGCAAGUCUAGAGCCUCAGACGUGAUCAAUAGGGCAACAAUCUCACCUUGGCCAGGAACUACUCUGAAUCUCCUGAAAUUUCCAAUUAUUAAUCCUACGCCUUACAGAAUAUUCCGGAGGGAAUCAAGACUAAAGGAAGAUGCAGAGAAAAUGGAAGAAGACCUCAGUGCUGAUGAACAAAAACAGCUUUGUACCCUCAAAAAGCAAGGGUACUUAAUAGGAAGAAUUGGAAGAACAUUUCAAGCACCUCAAAAGCUGAAAAAAAAUUGUGAAAUUGAGUUUGAUGCUGAAGCAUUGUCUUUUAGCAUGGAGGAGGAACCUUAUGUUAAUCGUGUAGCUACUACUAAGAAAAUUGAACUCCCAUACAAUGAAGUGAAAGAUGCUCGCUGGUUUUAUGACACUCCAGGGAUUGUUAAAGAUGGCUGUAUUUUAAGUCUUCUAAAUGAGAAAGAAGUCAAGCUUGUCUUGCCAACUUCUGCAAUUGUUCCAAGGACAUUUGUGCUUAAACCUGGGAUGGCACUAUUUCUAGGUGCCUUGGGACGCAUAGAUUAUUUACAGGGAGACCAGCCGUCUUGGUUUUCUGUUCUGGCCUCUAAUUUGUUGCCUGUGCACAUCACUGUAGUAGAAAAAGCAGGUGCCAUCUAUCAAAAACAUGCAGGUCAAACAUUACUGAAGGUUCCUAUGGGAGGUGAAGAACGAAUGAAAGAUUUCCCAUCCUUUGUUCCUCAGGAUGUGAUGUUGGAAGGAAUUGGUAAUGCCGAGGCCAUGGCUGAUAUAAAGUUUUCAUCUGCUGGUUGGGUUGCAGUAACAGCUCAUUUAGACAACAAAAUACACCUAAGAUGCUAUACCCCUGAAGGGACAGUACUGACAGUACGUAAACCUCCUCUGUUGCCAUACAUUGUUCACAUCAAAGGAGAUCGGCUGAAAAGAAGUUCAGCUUAUCAGACUAAAAGACCACCUCCCCUUGUGGAAAACUUAAACACAAACGUAAAUAAGAAAAAAAGAAUGGGAUCCAAAGGGUAAGAAGUUGUAGAUAACGGAAACUCCCAAUUCUCUCAAGGAUGGCAGAGCCCUGCUUGCACAAAACAUAUCUUUAUUUUAAGACUGUGUUUUUGUAAAGGGUUUCAUAAAAAAAAGUAAUAAAUUGAGGAUUUCAAAGUUUCAAAGGUAAUGCAGCAUUGAAAACUGCUAUCUUCUGCUGUUUUGAGUUGCAGUCUGCAAUAUUGCGGUAUACACUUCCCAUGCCCUCUUUCAGCAGAUUGUCUUGGAGUCCUUCAGACUGAUUUUCUUAGUUUUGGUAAGGAAAACUAGGUAAGGAAAUCACCAGAAAGGAAGGAUAAUCUCUGUUACAACUCCACAUACAGAGUAUUUGUAGAGUAUCCUAUCAGUGAUUGUAAAACUUGUCUGCAGAAUAACAGGCUAUAUUUAAUUACCAUGCAAUUAGAAAUAGCUUCUGGACAGUCUUGAGGAAAUGAUGUGUGCUGCAAUUCUAUAGUCUGUGAAAGUCUACUGAGACUCUAUAUGCUUUAUACUUUCCCAUUAAAUAUUGUCUGUGACAACUGAGACAUCCGGCUAAAGCAAUACAUUUAAAUACUAUGGCUUGCAAUUCAGUUGUAAUGCAAGAACUCAUUCCUUGCUGCCAUCUGUAGAAAUGAAGAGAACAUGGCGGUCAUGCAGAGUAAAUGAGUGUCCAGGAAGCUGUGGAAGGAAAUCUGGUGAGUGGACUAGAGGGGGAGAAAUCCAAGGACAGGAAAGAGUACACCAGAAGGUUUCUGUUUUGUAUUUAAAUUAAUUACAUUAAAGCAAUUUUGCUUGUGUGAGACCUUCAAAUUGGAUGGUGAUCAUCCAUUUCUAGUGCAGUAAAUACUGAGUGUGGAUCAGUGUUGUCAAUAUUGUAGAUUGUGAAAGGAAGGACUGUCAGAGUAAACUGUCAUCACAGCGUUUAUUUUCUUGAUGAGUCAAAAUAAAAAAUUGAGCUGCUGUAUUUUGCUUUCUUACUGAAAAUGACUCCCUAAUUAAAAACUGAUG